CGAAUCAGCUCAUCUGUUUGUUAUUCAAGAAAAGAGUUCAACCACAAAAUGAAGCUCGUGUUUAUCUUGUUACUUGCUGCAAGACUAUGUGCAUCUAAACCAAAAGACGAAUCAGCUAUGAGCAAAAUUUUGAAGGUAAAUGGUAACGACAAAACAUUGUUUUUUGGAGACGAAAAGUUGACAACAGAAGAAAUGAGACAGCUUUUUCCAGAACAGUUUGGUGUUUCAAGAAAAAGAAGAGGACUAACAAAGAAAAGUGCCAACUUGAGAUGGCCUAAUAACGAAAUGCCUUACACGUUAUCUGAUAACUUCUCUGAAACUGAAAAAACGAGCAUUCGCGACGCUAUAGAUAUCAUCAGGUCAGUAACAUGUAUCCAAUUCACCGAAUACGCACUCACCAGUGCACCACAAGAUCAUGUGGCUAUAUUUCCAGGAUCAGGGUGCUGGUCAUACGUUGGAAAAAUAGGAGGCGUACAACAAUUAUCUUUGGCACAUGGGGGGUGUAUUAAUUCAGGGACAAUCAUACAUGAAGUACUUCAUGCGCUUGGUGUCCACCAUGAACAAGCGAGAGCCGACAGAGAUAGUUACGUUACAAUCAAUAUACUGAAUAUAAUAAUAGGUCGUGAAUUUAACUUUGACAAACGAGAUACUGAUAGCUUGGGCGUUGAAUACGAUCCAAAAUCAGUGAUGCACUAUGGCAACAAUGCUUUCUCAAAUGGUGAUGGUCCAACAAUAACUUGGAAAGCUAACGCGUCUUUGUCAUUAGGGGGAAAUGAACUGACUGAAAAAGACAUCAAACAAAUGAAUUUAUUUUACGAAUGCAAUGCUCCAACUACCUCGACUGUAACCACAACGCCUGCAACAACUACUCCUGAAGAGACUACUUCUACAACCACCACCACCACCACACCUGCAACAACUACUCCUGAAGAGACUACUUCUACCACCACCACUACCACCACUACCACCACUACCACCACUACCACCACCACACCUACAACAACUACUCCUAAAGAGACUACUUCUACCACCACCACCACCACCACACCUGCAACAACUACUCCUAAAGAAACUACUUCUACAACCACCACCACCACCACCACACCUGCAACAACAGCGAGUUCUACCAAAACUCCUGGAACACGCUGCCGCGAUAGAUUGAAAAUAUGCUAUUUGGUUCGAUUUCAAAGAAGAAGGUUAUGUCGCAGAUUCGGAGGACUUUGUCGUCGCUCAUGUCGCUUAUGUAGAUGGAGAAACAAACCGAGAAAAGCUUAAUGUUGUAUGAUAGUCCUGUUUGUCAGUUUUGAUUUACGAACUUAAAAUCCCUGGAUGAAUGCUAACAAUAAAUUGGGAGAGCAAAGAUAUUGGUCUAACACUUGCAUAUAAGCUAGCUAGCAUUCUAGUAACUUUAGGCAACUUGCCGUAUGUUAAUU